UAUUAUUGUAUAGACAAAACAGUUUAUUAUAUUCCAGAAGACUGGUUGUGUUUACAUACAUACAGAUAAAAUCAUUUAAAUUCAUGGCAUCAAAUUUGUCAGCUCUAAUUUACUCCGCCAUUCAAAAAUGGUGGAUCGUCAAAACUGGAAAAGGCUUCGAAAAAAACAACUCUUCCUGAAGAAAAGUACUUUUGUAAACGUUAAUGAGAUCCUAUAAAUACGUUUGGAAAAUGACGUAUGUAUCGCAUGUACAUACGUUCAUAUUUCGUAAUGCAAUACUCAAUCCAGCAUAAGUAUGCAUGUACAUAUGAGCAAAACAAGCUCCAAAUUUCAUCAACUGUCAUCAUAUUACUGUCACUCGAUAUAUUUUUCUCUCGAUUUAAAUGCAAUCUGAGCAAUUAGCAGAAAACAUGAUAAUUGUUAUUGUUCAGGAUCAGGAAUAACACUUGACUGAUAAGCAGUUUGAUGAAACCAGAAGCCACGCGUUGAGAAUAUUGCAUGCUUUGCAAUUGUCGCAACUGGAUACAUUUGCAUAUUCGGUUCGUCAGGUUCAUUAGGCUGAGACAGAUUUAUUGAGAUUUAUACUUAGGCCUGAGAUUCUUGUGAAAAUUAAGUAAAAAUAAACUAUAUAAAACACGCUUGCAUUCUUCUUUACAGAAUCUUUAUUUUUCGACCACUGCAUUUUGACAGUGACCUUAAACCAAGAUAAGCUGCUCCAUAAAUACAUAUGUAUUUCCUACAAUUAUUAUUAUUUAAAUUCCGAUAAAGAUAAAAUUGACUUAUUUACAGUGAUUAUACAAUUAUAAUCGACAACAAUAAUUGUCGACACACCUCGGCCUCAAAAACAUUAAAGCUUUCCUCCUUAUAUAAGGAGACUGCUGUACAUAGUAGGAAGUUAUUCUAGUUGAUUUUGCAAUUUGUCACUGCCAUAACUCAAAAUGUAGAAAUUAUUGGUACACGAAUAUUCAUAUUUGCAUACAUUUCAAAUCAAUCGAAUUUUAAACCUCUAACUAUCGCAAUGGACAUUGACUUUAAAAAGUCGGUUCCCAACCCCUGGGAGAAGGCCAAUAUUUUAUCUCAGACUCUAUUCACCUGGAUCCUACCCCUCUUCCGGAAAGGGUUUUCCAAUGAGCUUUCUCUCAAUGACCUCCACGAUGCUCCCAGCGUCCACACUUCUCAAGAUGGAGCAGACAAAUUACAAAAAGCAUGGGAAUCCGUACAAAAGGACUCAAUCAAAAAUUCAAGUACCCCACAAUUUUGGAAAGCAUUAGCUUACGUCCACCGGUGGUCAUUUAUCAUUUACUUGGUAAUCAUCGCUAUUGACGAACUAUUUAUAAGAGUAAUGCAACCAAUUUACUUGCGAAAAUUAGUGCGAUCCUUCAGUGAUGAUUCUGCCACUCGGAAUGAUCAAGCCCUUUACGGAGGGAUAGUCUGCUUAUGUGCCUUAUUUCAUGAUAUCAUGAUCCAUCAAUGUGUGUAUCUCAUGUUUCGAACUGGUCUCCUUACAAAAACUGCAAUUUCUUCAUUGCUCUACAAAAAGUCUCUUCGCAUUCGAAGCGAGGACAGUGAAGUUGGAAAAUUAGUCAAUUUAUUGUCAAAUGAUUUGGGAAGAUUUGACUAUCAACUGGUAUUCAUGCCGUACAUAUUCAUCGGCCCUUUCCAACUGAUCAUCCUCGUCUAUGUAUUAUGGCUCGAAAUGGGAAUAUCUGCAUUCGCAGGUGCCGCAUUUAUUUUGGUCAUUUUACCAACGCAAGUUCUCAACGGACGGUUUGCUGCAAAGUUCCGACGUAGUGUCGCAGCACAAACGGACAAACGGGCAAAAUUCAUGAAUGAAAUAGUAAUGGCGAUUAGAAUAAUAAAAAUGUACGGUUGGGAAGCUCCGUUUUCGACUUUGUUAAAUAAAAUCCGAAGAAAAGAAGUGAGUGAACUUGGAAAGCGAGCCUACCUUCGUGGCUUUUUCCUUUCACUGUACACUUUCUCCACAAGGCUGACCGCCUUCUUUGUGAUUUUGGCCUAUGUUCUUCUCGGGAAUCAACUCACUGCAGAGAACGCAUUUUUCAGCGUAGCAAUUUCGCUGACAAUUGUGGAGACGAUGGUAUUUUAUUUUUCCAGUGCAAUAUCCGGCCUGGGAGAGUGUAGCGUUUCCAUUCAGCGAGUUCAGAAAUAUCUACUGCUUCCUGAACAAUCUAAAAAUAACACUACUUCCGACGACACACAUUUAAUUGACAAUGGGAAAAUAAUUUCAACUGAUGCCGAUAAACUAAAGAACAGUGGAAACCCUGGAAGAAUGAGUUUAAAGCAUGUUAGCGCAAGUUGGAGUAGUGCAGAAAAAAUUACUUUGAAUGAUCUCACAUUUGAAGUCAAAGGAGACGAGUUCGUUAUGAUUGUUGGACCAGUGGGUUCAGGGAAGACGUCACUGCUUAAUUUGUUAAUUUCGGAACUUCCCAUUCUUGAAGGUAGUUUUGCAUCGUCUGGAAAAAUCUCAUACGCAGCACAAGAGCCCUGGAUAUUUCCUGGGAAUGUGAGACAGAACAUUUUAUUUGGGGAAGCCUUCGAUCCCCACAGAUAUGAACAAGUGAUCACAGCUUGUGCUUUAAAGGAUGACUUCAAUCUUUUACCCAACGGAGACAAAACCCUUGUCGGAGAAAGAGGAAUAACUCUUAGCGGAGGUCAAAAAGCUCGAUUGAAUCUCGCUCGCAGUUUCUAUCAUACGUCAUCUAAUAUCUUCCUGAUGGAUGACCCACUUAGCGCAGUGGACAGCCGAGUUAGCAGGCACAUUUUUGAUAAGGGCAUUCAAGGUUUUCUGAAGGGAAAGCUACGGAUUUUAGUGACUCAUCAGCUCCAAUACUUGUCACAAGCUGAUUACAUAAUAUUUUUAAACAAUGGAUCAAUUCAUGCACAAGGAACGUAUGACAAUCUAAUAAAAAGCGGUGUAGAUUUCAUGAGUAUUAUGGCCAGUGAUUCUACAGAUCACGGGGCUCAAAGAAAGUUAAGCGUUGUUGAGGCACCACAAGAAGAAAAUAAGGUUUUGAAAGAGUUUGAAAAACCUGCAGAUAACACAGAAAAAACUGCGGAAGGAUCCGUUAGCAUGAGGACUUACUGGAGUUACAUCACAUCAGCAAAAUCCUCGGUUGGAUUAUUCCUCGUAAUUUUUCUAUUCUUAUGCGGACAAAUUCUUCUAACCGGAUGCGAGUAUUGGCUUUCUUAUUGGACGGAUUCUGAAGAUUAUCGUAUACAGCAGCAAAAUGAUGCUAAAAAUGACACCGCCUUUGACUCUAACCCAUACCUCUCUUCAACAAUGUCUUCCUAUGAAACUAUUGUGAUCCUCGAUCGUAAAAAUUAUUUGGGACAAGACACUUAUCUGAUUGUCUACUCGGUCCUUGUCGUUUCACUUUUUGCUUUCACUAUCGUUAAAUCGUCUGGUUUCUUCGGAUAUUGCCUACGAAUAAGCAAUAAUCUUCACGAUCGAAUGUUCAAAGCAGUGGUUAGAGCACCAACAAAAUUCUUUGACGACAACCCUUCAGGCAGAAUUCUUAAUCGAUUUAGCAAGGAGAUUGGCUCCAUUGACGAGAUGCUGCCUGCAUCUUUUUAUGACACAUUCGAGUACACUUUGCAAAUGCUGGGUGUUGUAUUUAUCAUUGUUCUUUCAAAUUACCUACUCAUCAUUCCAACCAUUGUGAUCACCAUCAUUUUUUGGGCAUUAAGAAUUAUUUUUGUUCGGACGUCAAGGGACAUUAAACGACUCGAGUCUAAUUGGAAGAGUCCAGUAUUCACUCAUGUCGCCGCUUCCCUCCAAGGUCUCACUACAAUUAGAGCAUUAGGAGCAGAAGAAAAGUUGAUAAAACAAUUUGACCAGAAGCAGGAUGUCCACACUGCGACCUGGUUUGCAUUUAUUUCCACAACGAGAUGUUUCGCAGUUUGGGCAGAAACUGUAGCAAUCAUUUUUCUCACUGCUGUCACGUUUUCAUUCAUCUUGCUUGCUGAUGAUGACUCAACGGGGGGAAUUGUUGGCCUCGUUGUUACUUCGACACUCGCCUUAUCCGUCAACAUUCAAUGGGCGAUUCGCCAAAGUGCAGAAACGACAAACCACAUGGCAUCGACCGAACGCAUUUUGGAAUACAUAUCGCUUUCUCCGGAAGCACCUCUAGAGCUUCCGGAACAUAAACCACCCUCCGACUGGCCACUCAACGGAGAGAUAAAAUUCAACAACGUUUUCCUCAAAUACGAAGACAACUUUGUUUUAAAAAAUCUCAAUUUCGACAUUCAUCCCCAAGAAAAGAUUGGCAUUGUCGGCAGAACGGGAGCAGGCAAGAGUUCAAUAAUUGCAGCCCUAUUUCGUCUUACUGAGCCAGAAGGGUCAAUUUUCAUUGACGGCGUGCUGAUUACGAAGAUUGGAUUGCACGAUUUGAGGAAAAAUAUAUCUAUAAUUCCACAAGAUCCAGUCCUAUUUUCGGGAACAAUACGGUACAAUCUGGAUCCGUUUCAACAGUUUGAAGAUGCCAUGUUGUGGCAGGUUCUAGAGGAGGUACAAUUAAAAGAUGCCGUCUCAGCAUUGGAUUUUAAAGUAUCAAAUGGUGGAAGUAAUUUCAGCGUAGGCCAACGCCAAUUGGUUUGCCUAGCAAGAGCUAUUUUGCGACAAAAUCGUAUUUUAAUAAUGGACGAGGUAACCGCCAGCGUAGAUGAAAGAACUGACGAAUUCAUCCAGAAAACAAUUCGCCAAAAGUUUUCAAAAUGUACCAUCAUCACGAUAGCCCACAGGUUGAAUACCGUGAUGGACUCCGAUAGAAUUAUGGUGCUUGAAGCUGGUCAAAUUAGGGAGUUUGACCAUCCAUUCACACUGUUGGAAAGAUCGGACAGUUUACUUUCCCAAUUGGCAAAACACACAGGAAAGACUUCCAGUGAAAAACUAAAACAAAUUGCCAGACUGCAUUUCCAAAAAAGGGAACUUGUUAGCAAUAUUAAAUGAGCAAUUAUAUCAAUUAUCGAUGCAUUUUUUCUACUAUGCAUACUUAACAAAUUUGCUUUCCAAAUAUUUUAUCCCUGACGAUGACAGGAGUGCAGUGUCGAAAGCUUGGGAAAUAAAUUCGAUUUCUUCCUUCAAUCAUGUCAUUCGAGAAUUCCUCUUGAAACAAAAUUGUAUUUUUUUGGUUUAAUAAAUCUGGUUUACAUAAGAAUAAUAAUAAUCACCUUUAUUACCAU